AUGGCGAUAACUGGAGAAGACAACGGAGACAGAUCCGGCGACGAACGUCUCCCGAAGAGACAACGACUUCCUUCUGAAGAUGAAGAUGAGUCCGUAAAGCUACAGAGUCAUGAUGUCCUCGAUUGUCCAAUAUGUUGUGAGCCACUCAAGAGACCAAUCUAUGAGUGUAUUAAUGGGCAUCUAGCUUGUUCCUCUUGCUGCCAAAAAUUGAACAAGAGAUGCUCGUUCUGUAGAUGUGAAAUCGGGGAUAGAAGAUGCAGAGCCAUGGAGAAGGUUAUUGAAGCAACGAUAGUCCCAUGUCCGAACGCAAAACACGGGUCUGAAGAAACCACCACGUACGGUAUUGAUCAAUCUGUUCAUGAGAGAGUUUGCUGUUUCGCCCCAUGUUCUUGCCCUGUACCAAACUGCAAGUUCGUUGGCACAUAUACGAAUCUCAAAAGCCACGCUCGUCAUGCACACAUUUGUCGUGAUAAAUUUCUCAUCCCGUUUAAGUUUGACGGCCAUUGUCAUAUGUUUUCCAUGAACCUUGGUUGGAAGAAGACUGUCGUUUUGAAGGAAGAGAAAGAGAAUGAUUUGAUAGUAGUUCAGGCUUUCAAGGGAUCGGAGGGCGUGUAUGUGACUGUUAACCGUAUCGCACAUAUGGCUCCGGGGAUACGCGACGUCUUUUGCAAUCUGUCUAUAAUCAAACCGUGUGGCACUCUAAAUAUUGGAACGAUGGUCAAGAAAAUUCAGAAAGUGAGAGAGCAAAUGCAUCCCGAAGAUGACGACGUAAUGUGGAUUCCGCCUAGAAUGUUGAGCGGCGAGGUCUGGAUGAUGAAGAUUUGCAUCGGCUAUGAUAGGUGGAAAUAUAUUCACUAUUGA